AUUAUUGUAAUGUAUUGAUAAAGUCUUGUUUUUUCUGCUGGGAUCUCUUUAUGGUGAACGAAAAGCAUAUUACAGCGAGUAACCCAUAAAUCAUCAGGCCCAGUGACACCUGAGUGCAGGGUCACAAUUAUCGACAGGAAGUUGAUGAGACAAGAGAACAACAUCAUUACAAGUUCAACAUUACAAUAUAAAUAUAUUGGAAAUUUUUAUCGUAAGGAUGGCUAGCAAAUAUAACAUCACAAUUGACAACAAAGAUGGUGGAAGUAUUAUAAUGGGUGAUCAAAAUCAAGUUGAUAUUGGCGCUGGCGGACGCGUGGAACGUGUUAGACCAAGAAAUGAAGCUUUUGCAGUUCCAAAACAACCAGUUGGUUAUGAAAAUGUUGGUGGCAGUAGUUUUAUCCCGUCGAUGAAGCAUAAGAUCACACAAGGAUUUGCUUUAAUUCUCCAUAAUCAAUACUUUCUCAAUGACAAGACACCAGACCGUGUGGGUUCUGAAAAAGAUGUUGAAGAAAUAAAGAAAUUCUGCAAAACUGCAGGAUUGGAUAUUAAUGACACUGAUCGAGAAACAGAAAACUUAAAAGCGUCUGAAAUGGAAAAUCUUUGUAGUGAGAUUUCGAAACGAGACUUCAGUCGUUAUGAUGGCUUUGUUUGCUUCAUUUUAAGUCAUGGUGAUGAAAAUGGAAUUUAUGGAGUUGACGACGAAAUCAUCAGCAUUCAGAAAAUUGUAUCAAUGUUCAGAGAUUGUACUGGCCUAGCUGGAAAACCAAAAUUAUUUUUUGUCCAAGCUUGCAGAGGUAAAAAUAAAGACAUGGGGAUCUCCAUUGAUGCAGACAGCCGUCCUGUCAACCUACCCAAAAUUCCCCUGGUACUGCCAACCAAGUCAGAUGUACUUAUUGCACAUUCCACAAUGGAGGGAUAUGAAUCUUACAGAAAUCGCCUGCAUGGUUCUUGGUUCAUCAUAACCUUGAUGGAAGAACUGCAAUCACAUGCUCAUCACAUGCAUAUAAUGGAUAUUUUGACAAUUGUUAAUAAUGCAAUUUCUGGUUAUAAGACACCUGAAGAUCAUAAACAAAUGCCAUGUCAGUUAACAACAUUGACAAAGUUUGUGUACUUCAAAUAUCCAGCACCAUUAAUUUAGGGAUUUUUUAAAUUUGAAUCCUGCUUCUCAAAUAUCCAAUCAAUCUUAGCCUAAUUUCUACACAAUUUCAUCUAUUUUUAAUCAACACCUUAAUAUAAUAUUUGUCCAAAAACAUUUGCAUUACCUUAGGAAUGCCUGGUCUGGCCAUCCAGCCUAUCUAUUAGCAGUGAAAAGCUGUUUUUCAGGAUUGUUAAAAGUAGAAUCUAAUUCAUACUGUUAGCGGUCAUGCAAUUAUACAACGUAAUGUAAAUAUUACACAUUCAUGUCAUAAAUUUUUAAUGUUUCAAUUUAUUAA